UUCUUUCUGUCGCUGCCGAGACAGACGGACGCAGCUUAGGGAGCCUCUGCUCCAAGGGAAGAGUGACGUGUCUACAGAGGCACCCCAAACUCCUGCUGCUCUUCCCUCAGCCUCCUUCAGGACGGAGAGCAGGGCAGGUGCAAAGGCUCAAGAAACCAGCCUCAAGCCACCCUCCCUGCUCCCCCAGGCCCCUGAAUGAUAUCUACCAGAGACUCCUUGGUCCCCAGCCUUGUCCUCUUGGUGCUGCUGGGGGUAGCAAGGGCUGGGCCCUUCCCUCCACGUUCCAAUGGGACAGCCUCACGACUCCCACCCCGUCCAGGCGGGCGGACAGCAGGUCCUGGAGGUGGAGGAUCAUCCCCUAAGCUCUAUGAACAUACAGUGGAAGGAGGUGAAAAGCAGGUGGUAUUCACACACAGAAUCAACCUGCCUUCUUCAGCCAACUGUGGCUGCCCCCCAGGUGCUGAACCUCCUGCCCCAGCCUCUGAGGUGCAGGCCUUGAGAGUGAAGCUUGAAGCCCUAGAAGAGCUGGUGAAGGGUCUUAAAGAGCAAUGCCACGGGGGGUGCUGCCCUGCUGCUGCCCAGGCCGUAACAGGGCAGACAGAUGUGCGGAGCCUAUGUAGCCGGCAUGGUGUGUUUGACCUGGGCCGCUGUGCCUGUUCUUGUGAGCCAGGCUGGACUGGUCCCACCUGCUCAGAUCCCACAAUCCAUUCAACCACCUCCUCUUGCCCUGAUGAUUGCAACGACCAAGGUCGCUGUGUGGAGGGCCGUUGUGUCUGCUUCUCAGGCUAUACUGGACCAUCUUGCAGUUUGCCGGCCUGCCCAGGAGACUGCCGGGGCCGAGGCCGAUGUGUCCAGGGUGUAUGCAUGUGCAGGGCUGGCUUCACUGGUGAAAACUGUGGGACCCGGACCUGCCCCAAGGGUUGUAGCCAAAGGGGCCAAUGUGAGGAUGGGAAGUGUAUGUGUGAUCCUGGGUACAGUGGAGAGGACUGUGGGAUGAGAAGCUGCCCCCAGGACUGCAACCAAAGAGGCAGGUGUGAGGAUGGAAAGUGUGUGUGUGACCCAGGGUACAGUGGAGAAGACUGUGGAGCGAAGAGUUGCCCCCGAGGCUGCAACCAGAGGGGCAAAUGUGAGAAUGGGAGAUGUGUGUGUGAUCCGGGAUACAGUGGAGAAGACUGUGGAGAUCGGAGCUGCCCCUGGGAUUGUGGCGAUGGAGGGCGCUGUGUGGGCGGGCGCUGUGUAUGCUGGCCAGGGUACGCUGGAGAGGACUGUAGUACCCGGACUUGCCCUCGUGACUGCCAUGGCCGAGGUUAUUGUGAGGAUGGGGAAUGCAUUUGUGAACCUGGGUACAGUGGAGAUGACUGUGGGGUACGGAGCUGUCCCCAGAACUGCAACCAACGUGGGCACUGUGAAGACGGGCGCUGUGUGUGCUGGCCCGGCUACACCGGGGAUGACUGUGGGAGCCGAGCCUGCCCUCGGGACUGCCGAGGCCGAGGUCGCUGUGAGAAUGGGGCAUGUGUCUGCAAUGCUGGAUACAGUGGUGUAGACUGUGGGGUUCGGAGCUGCCCAGGGGACUGCCUAGGCCGAGGACGUUGCGAGAAUGGCCGUUGCAUGUGCUGGUCUGGCUACACAGGCAAGGACUGUGGAACCCGAGCCUGCCCAGGGGACUGUCGAGGCAGGGGCAGGUGCCAGGAUGGGCACUGUGUCUGUGAACCUGGCUACACGGGUGACGACUGCGGGAUCCGUCGGUGCCCAGGUGACUGCAGAGGCCGAGGGCGGUGUGAGGACGGCGUGUGUGUAUGUGACAGGGCUUAUACUGGAGAAGACUGUGGGCAGAGGAGCUGCCCUGGAGACUGCCGCGGCCGGGGUCAGUGCCAGGAUGGGUUCUGUGUGUGUGACGCUGGCUACACGGGAGAGGACUGUGGGAUAAGAAGCUGUCCCCGGGACUGCAGCCACCAAGGUGUCUGCCAUGAUGGGGUGUGUGACUGUUGGGAGGGCUACACAGGAGAAGACUGCAGCCUGCGGACCUGCCCGGGGAACUGCAACCGUCGGGGCCGAUGUGAAAAUGGCCACUGCGUGUGCACCGCUGGCUACACGGGCCCCUCCUGCGGUACCCGCACCUGCCCUGGGGACUGCCGGGGCAGAGGCCGGUGCGUGCAGGGAGUCUGUGUGUGUCAGGAAGGCUACAGCGGAGAGGACUGUGGCCGCGAGGAGCCGGUGGCCGGAAGCUGCCCCGGGGGCUGCGGACCACGGGAGCUCUGCCGAGCUGGCCAAUGUGUGUGCGUCGAGGGUUUCGAAGGUCCUGACUGUGCCACGAGGACUUGUCCCGGGGCCUGCCGGGGUCGUGGGUUGUGCCAGGAGGGGAGCUGCGUAUGCCAAGACGGCUAUGCCGGAGAGGACUGUGGGGAGGAGAUACCUCCGAUAGCCGGGAUGAGGAUGCAUUUGUUGGAAGAAACAACUGUACGGACUGAGUGGACUAGGGCCUCAGGACCUGUGGAUGCCUAUGAAAUUCGAUUCACCCCUACAACAGAGGGAUUAGGCCACCCUUUCUCUGCUCGGGUCCCCAGCUCGGCUUUAGCCUAUGACCAGAGGGGGCUGUCCCCAGGCCAGGAGUACGAGGUCACCGUCCGUGCCCUACGAGGUUCUAACUGGGGACCUCCUACCUCCCAGACCAUCACCACCAUGAUCGAUGGCCCCCAGGAUCUUCGGGUCACAGCUGUGACUCCCACUACUAUGGAGCUAAGCUGGCUACGUCCACAAGCUGAAGUGGACCGCUUUGUGGUGUCCUAUGUCAGUGCUGGCAACCAGCGGGUACGGCUGGAUGUGGCACCCGAGGAAGACAGAACCCUGCUGACUGGGCUAAUGCCUGGUGUGGAGUAUGUGGUGACCGUCACUGCUGAGAGGGGCCGAGCUGUCAGCUACCCAGCCUCUGUCAGGGCCAAUACAGCACCAGCCCACCACAAUUACCGAGACACCCGUCCCCCAGCCCCACCCCCUCGAUCCCCACCCCGACCCCAACCCCGACCAGGUUCCCGACCAGGUUCCCGACUGGACCCCCGGCCACCUCGGCCUGUGGAAGAGGAAGAUCCAAAGCCCAGGGAGGUGCCCUUGGGGCUACCCCCACCACGGUUCUUGCGGAACCUCACAUCAAAGCUAGGUCCUUCUUGGGGUUCCGUGCAGGAUGUGGAGCGAUACCUGCGGGCCUCUGGCUACCCCCUCCGUGGCAACCAGACCUACACCUCAGUGGCCCGCUCCAUCUAUACCUAUCUGCAACGCCGGGCAACGGGGCUCCCUGCUCCCCCAUCAUCACUGUCCCACAAGCCCCGGCCCAAUGCCAAUCUGGACCCAGAUACCAGGAAACCGAACUCUGCCAGAGUCAUCCAUGGCCAUAACCCUGAAGGUGUGGACCAGGUGGAAGGGAGGCACUACCCCCUCCUCCCCUCAUUACAUCCUGGCCCUUCCCCUCGCCACCCCAAACCUGAAGUGCUGGGCAGCUCAGCUGACGGGGCCUUGCUGGUCUCCCUGGAUGGUCUCCGUGGCCAGUUUGAGCAGGUGGUGCUGCGAUGGCAGCCCCUCUCUCCUAUGGAAGGGCCCAGUGGGGAACUCGCAGUACCAGGGGCAACGCGCACGGCCCGCUUGCCUGGCCUGAGGCCUGGUACUACCUACCAUGUGGAGGUCCAUGGGGUCCAGGAUGGGCAGGCCUCCAAGUCCUACGCCUUCAUCACCACUACAGGCCCCUUUGGUGCCACAGAUGAGACUCCUGUUUUAGGGCUGACCCCACCGCCAACAACCCAGGGGGCUCAGGCGCCUAUCCUGCAGCGCCCAGCUAAUGAGCCCAGGGCACUUUCUGUCCCGCCUCGACUGGGAGAGCUGCAGGCCCUAGAUGUGUCCCCGAACUUCGUCAGCCUCUACUGGACUGUUCCUGAAGGCCAGUUUGACUCCUUCUUGGUCCAGUAUAAAGACAAGAAUGGAAAGCCCCAGGUGGUACCAGUGGAAGGUCUCCAGCAUGAGGUCACCAUCUCCUCUCUAGAUCCUGGCCAGAAGUACAAAUUCAUCCUUUAUGGGCUUGUGGGCAAGAAGCGCCAUGGCCCCCUCACUAUUGAGGCUAAGACACCUUCUUUCCCUAACUCAGAAGCUCUACCUCGCCUUGGAGAGUUAUGGGUAACGGAUCCCACCUCUGAUUCCCUUCGCCUCUCUUGGACUGUCCCUGAGGGCCAGUUUGAUUCCUUCCUGGUCCAGUAUAAGGACAGGGAUGGGCAGAUCCAGAUGGUUCCUGUGGAGGGGCCUGAGCGUUCCAUCACUGUCUCCCCACUGGAUCCCAGCCAGAGGUACAAAUUCAUCUUGUAUGGACUCAUUGGCAAGAAGCGCCAUGGUCCCCUCUCUGCUGAGGGAACUACAGCUCCCCAAUGGGAAGAGGAGACUCAGCUGGUCACUGAGAGCCCCAGGCCUCGCCUGGGGGAGCUGACAGUGACCGAUGUGACUCAGAAUUCCCUGCGUCUCCUCUGGACCAUCCUUGAGGGGAAGUUUGACUCUUUUGUGGUCCAGUACAAAGACAAGGAUGGUCGGCCACAAGUGGUGCCUGUUGAAGUUGGCCAGAAUGAAGUUACCAUCUCUGACCUGCAGCCCUCCCGGAAAUACAAGAUGAAUCUUUAUGGGCUUCAAGGCAAACAAAAAGUGGGCUCCAUCUCUGUGAUUGCCACAACAAGCCCAUUACCUACACAGCCUCAUCUGGGAGAGGUGACAGUAACAGAUGUGACCCUAGACUCUCUGCGCCUCUCCUGGACUGUCACUGAGGGAGAGUUUGACUCGUUUGAGGUUCAGUACAAAGACAGGAAUGGGCAGCCACAGGUGGUAUCCACAGAGGGCAUUCAGGAUGAGGUUACUAUAUCUGGUCUAGAGCAUUCCCGGAAGUACAAGUUCCUUCUCUUUGGCAUCAAAGAUGGCAAACACCAUGGGCCCAUCUCUGUUGAAGCAAAGACUGAGAGCCCAACAGCUUCAGGCAUCGUAGGAACUCAACGCCCUCUGAAGCCUCGCUUGGGGGAGAAACUGACAGCAGUGGCUGUGGCCAGUGGUGCUGUGCACCUAUCAUGGACUGUCCAGCAGGGAUCCUUUGACUCCUUCGUGGUCCAAUACAAAGACAAAGAUGGGCAGCCUCACAUGGUGCCUGUGGAAGGAGACCAGAAUGAAGUCGUGGUUUCUGGCCUGGAGCCGAAUCGCAGAUACAAGAUGCUCCUCUAUGGACGCUACUCUGGGAAGCAGCUGAGCCCCCUCUCAACUAUUGUUAUGACAGGACCACGAGAGGAAGAAACUCCAGUCCCCACUUCCUCCGCCACUGAUGCCCCUCAGUUACCUGUUAAACCCCACCUGGGAGAGCUAAUGGUGACAGAUGCCACCUCAGAUUCUCUGCACCUCUCUUGGACCAUUCCGGAAGGCCAGUUUGAAUCCUUUGUGAUCCAGUACAAGAAUGGAGAUGGACAGCCUAAGAGUGUACAUGUUGAGGGUGACAAGAAUGCGGUCGUCAUCUCUGGCCUGGAGCCAGAUCACAAAUACAAGAUGAACCUCUAUGGUUUCCAUGAUGGACAACGGGUGGGCCCUAUCUCCAUUAUUGGUGUUACUGCACUAUAUGAGGAAGUAGAAGAGAUUCCAGCUCCCACAGUGCCUGCCACUGAGGCCCCUGAGCCCACAGAGAAGCCUGAACUUGGGGAGCUGACAGUGACAGGGGCCACCCCAGACUCCCUGAAGCUCUCUUGGCCCAACUCCCAGGGAGACUUUGAUGCCUUCUCAAUCCAGUACAAGGACAGGAAUGGGAGACCCCAGGCUGUGCGUGUUGAGGGCAACCAGAAUGAGGUCACAGUUUCUGACCUGGAGCCUGACCACAGAUACAAGAUGAAUCUCUAUGGUUUCUAUGAUGGACAGCGUGUGGGCCCAGUCUCUGUCAUUGGUGUAACAGCCCCUGAGGAGGAGACCCCAACUCCCACGGCUUCAACCACUGAAUCCCCUUUUAAACCUCGCUUGGGGGAACUGACCAUGACAGAUUCGACUCCAGACUCCCUGCACCUCUCUUGGAGCGUCCCAGAGGGUCAGUUUGACUCCUUCGUGAUCCAGUACAAGAACGGAGAUGGACAACCUAAAAUGAAACGUGUCAGAGGUGACCAGAAAGAAGUCACUGUCUCCGGCCUGGAGCCUGAUCACAAAUACAAGAUGAAUCUCUAUGGUUUCCAUAACAGGCAGCGCAUAGGCCCUGUCUCUGUUAUUGGCGUAACAGCCCCAGAAAGAGAUGAGGAAAUGACUCCAGCCCCUACAGUUCUAAUCUCUGAACCCCCUCCUAAGCCCCGCCUGGGAGAGCUGACAGUGAUAGAUGCCACAUCAGAUUCCUUGGACCUCUCCUGGACUGUCCCUGAGGGCCAAUUUGAUUCAUUUGUGAUCCAAUUCAAGAAUAGAGAUGGACAGCCGAAAGUAGUACAUAUUGGUGGACAUGAGGACACAGUCACCAUCUCUGGCCUAGAGCCUGAUGACAUGUACAAGAUGUAUCUUUAUGGUUUUCAUGAUAGACACCGUGUGGGCCCAAUCUCUACUACUGGUAUAACAGCCCCACGAGAUGUAGAUCAAACACCUGUCCCCACAAUACCAGUCACUGAGGCUCCUGAGCUCACAGAGAAACCUGAACUUGGGGAGCUGACAGUAACAGAGGCCACCCCAGACUCCCUGAAGCUCUCCUGGACCAUCUCCCAGGGAGACUUUGAUUUCUUCACAAUCCAGUACAAGGACACGGAUGGACGACCCCAGAUUAUGCGUGUUGGGGGAGACCAGAAUGAGGUCACUGUCUUUGGCCUAGAACCUGACCACAGAUACAAGAUGAAUCUCUAUGGUUUCCAUGAUGGACAGCGUGUGGGCCCAGUCUCUGUCGCUGGUCUAACAGCCCCACAUGAGGAAGAGACCCCUGCUCCCACAGUGCCAGCUACUGAGGCUCCUGAACCCACAGAGAAGCCUGAACUUGGGGAGCUGACAGUGACAGAGGCCACUCCAGACUCCCUGAAGCUCUCCUGGACCAUCUCCCAGGGAGACUUUGAUUCCUUCACAAUCCAGUACAAGGACAUGGAUGGGAGACCUCAGAUGGUGCGUGUUGGGGGAGACCAGAAUGAGGUGACUAUCUCUGAGUUGGAGCCUGACCACAGAUACAAGAUGAAUCUCUAUGGUUACCAUGAUGGACAGCGUGUGGGCCCAGUCUCUGUCAUUGGCAAAACUGCCCCACAUGAGGAAGAGACCCCUGCUCCCACAGUGCCAGCUACUGAGGCCCCUGAGCCCACAGAGAAGCCUGAACUUGGGGAGCUGACAGUGACAGAGGCCACCCCAGACUCCCUGAAGCUGUCUUGGACCAUCUCCCAGGGAGACUUUGAUUCCUUCACAAUCCAGUACAAAGAUAUGGAUGGGAGACCCCAGAUGGUGCGUGUUGGAGGAGACCAGAAUGAGGUGACUAUCUCUGAGCUGGAGCCUGACCACAGAUAUAAGAUGAAUCUCUAUGGUUACCAUGAUGGACAGCGUGUGGGCCCAGUCUCUGUCAUUGGCAAAACUGCCCCACAUGAGGAAGAGACCCCUGCUCCCACAGUGCCAGCUACUGAGGCCCCUGAGCCCACAGAGAAGCCUGAACUUGGGGAGCUGACAGUGACAGAGGCCACCCCAGACUCCCUGAAGCUGUCUUGGACCAUCUCCCAGGGAGACUUUGAUUCCUUCACAAUCCAGUACAAAGACACGGAUGGGAGACCCCAGAUGGUGCGUGUUGGAGGAGACCAGAAUGAGGUGACUAUCUCUGAGCUGGAGCCUGACCAAAGAUACAAGAUGAAUCUCUAUGGUUACCAUGAUGAACAGCGUGUGGGCCCAGUCUCUGUCAAUGGCAAAACUGCCCCAUAUGAGAGAAGUCAGGAGGAAGAAACUCCUGCUCCCACAGUGCCAGCUACUGAGGCCCCUGAGCCCACAGAGAAGCCUGAACUUGGGGAGCUGACAGUGACAGAGGCCACCCCAGACUCCCUGAAGCUCUCCUGGACCAUCCCCCAGGGAGACUUUGAUUCCUUCACAAUCCAGUACAAAGAUACGGAUGGGAGACCCCAGAUGGUGCGUACUGGGGGAGACCAGAAUGAGGUGACUGUCUCUGAGCUGGAGCCUGACCACAGAUACAAGAUGAAUCUCUAUGGUUACCAUGAUGGACAGCGUGUGGGCCCAGUCUCUGUCAUUGGCAAAACUGCCCCACAUGAGGAAGAGACCCCAGCUCCCACAGUGCCAGCUACUGAGGCUCCUGAACCCACAGAGAAGCCUGAACUUGGGGAGCUGACAGUGACAGAGGCCACCCCAGACUCCCUGAAGCUCUCCUGGACCAUCCCCCAAGGAGAAUUUGAUUCCUUCACAAUCCAGUACAAAGAUACGGAUGGGAGACCCCAGAUGGUGCGUGUUGGGGGAGACCAGAAUGAGGUGACUGUCUCUGAGCUGGAGCCUGACCACAGAUACAAGAUGAAUCUCUAUGGUUACCAUGAUGGACAGCGUGUGGGCCCAGUCUCUGUCACUGGCAAAACUGACCCACAUGAGGAAGAGACCCCAGCUCCCACAGUGCCAGCUACUGAGGCUCCUGAAUCCACAGAGAAGCCUGAACUUGGGGAGCUGACAGUAACAGAGGCCACCCCAGACUCCCUGAAGCUCUCCUGGACCAUCUCCCAGGGAGACUUUGAUUCCUUCACGAUCCAGUACAAAGAUACGGAUGGGAGACCCCAGAUGGUGCGUGUUGGGGGAGACCAGAAUGAGGUGACUAUCUCUGAGCUGGAGCCUGACCACAGAUACAAGAUGAAUCUCUAUGGUUACCAUGAUGGACAACGUUUGGGCCCAGUCUCUGUCAAUGGCAAAACUGCCCCACAUGAGGAAGAGACCCCAGCUCCCACAGUGCCAGCUACUGAGGCCCCUGAGCCCACAGAGAAGCCUGAACUUGGGGAGCUGACAGUGACAGAGACCACCCCAGACUCCCUGAAGCUCUCCUGGACCAUCUCCCAGGGAGACUUUGAUUCCUUCACAAUCCAGUACAAAGACACGGAUGGGAGACCCCAGAUGGUGCGUGUUGGAGGAGACCAGAAUGAGGUGACUAUCUCUGAGCUGGAGCCUGACCAAAGAUACAAGAUGAAUCUCUAUGGUUUCCAUGAUGGACAGCGUGUGGGCCCAGUCUCUGUCAAUGGCAAAACUGCCCCACAUGAGGAAGAGACCCCAGCUCCCACAGUGCCAGCUACUGAGGCCCCUGAGCCCACAGAGAAGCCUGAACUUGGGGAGUUGAGAGUGACAGAGACCACCCCAGACUCCCUGAAGCUCUCCUGGACCAUCUCCCAGGGAGACUUUGAUUCCUUCACAAUCCAGUACAAAGACACGGAUGGGAGACCCCAGAUGGUGCGUGUUGGAGGAGACCAGAAUGAGGUGACUAUCUCUGAGCUGGAGCCUGACCACAGAUACAAGAUGAAUCUCUAUGGUUUCCAUGAUGGACAGCGUGUGGGCCCAGUCUCUGUCAUUGGCAAAACUGCCCCACAUGAGGAAGAGACCCCUGCUCCCACAGUGCCAGCUGAGGCCCUUGAGCCCACAGAGAAGCCUGAACUUGGGGAGCUGACAGUGACAGAGGCCACCCCAGACUCCCUGAAGCUGUCUUGGACCAUCUCCCAGGGAGACUUUGAUUCCUUCACAAUCCAGUACAAAGAUAUGGAUGGGAGACCCCAGAUGGUGCGUGUUGGAGGAGACCAGAAUGAGGUGACUAUCUCUGAGCUGGAGCCUGACCACAGAUAUAAGAUGAAUCUCUAUGGUUACCAUGAUGGACAGCGUGUGGGCCCAGUCUCUGUCAUUGGCAAAACUGCCCCACAUGAGGAAGAGACCCCUGCUCCCACAGUGCCAGCUACUGAGGCCCCUGAGCCCACAGAGAAGCCUGAACUUGGGGAGCUGACAGUGACAGAGGCCACCCCAGACUCCCUGAAGCUCUCCUGGACCAUCCCCCAGGGAGACUUUGAUUCCUUCACAAUCCAGUACAAAGACACGGAUGGGAGACCCCAGAUGGUGCGUGUUGGGGGAGACCAGGAUGAGGUGACUAUCUCUGAGCUGGAGCCUGACCACAGAUACAAGAUGAAUCUCUAUGGUUACCAUGAUGGACAACGUUUGGGCCCAGUCUCUGUCAUUGGCAAAACUGAUAAAGUAGUAGAUGAGACCCCAACUCCCACAAUUCCUGCUACGGAGCCUCCAGAACCCACCAAAGAGCUACUUCUGGGGCAGCUGACAGUGAUAGACACCAGCCCAGAUUCUCUUCGACUCUUCUGGACUGUCACCCAGGGAGACUUUGACUCCUUUGCAAUUCAGUACAAGGACAGGGAUGGGCAACUCCAGGUAGUUCGCAUUGAGGGUGACAAGAAUGAAGUCACAAUUUCUGGCUUAGAACCCAACCACAAAUAUAAGAUGAAUCUCUAUGGUUUUCAUGAUGGACAACGUGUGGGUCCUGUUUCCACCACAGGUAUGAUAGUCCUAGAAGAAGAGACUCCAUCCCCCACAGUCUUAACCACUGAGGCCCCCAAAGAAAUCUUGGUGAAACCCCAACUCGGGGAGCUAACAGUGACAGAGAUCACCUCGGACUCUCUGCGCCUGUCCUGGACUGUCACUGAGGGCCAGUUUGAUUCUUUCAUGGUGCAAUACAAGAAUGGUGAUGGACAAACUAAGGUGGUUCGCGCUGGGGGCAACCAGAAGGAAGUUAUGCUCUCUGGCCUGGACCCUAAUCACAAGUACAAGUUGAAUCUUUUUGGCUUUCAUGAAGGGCAUCGUGUGGGGCCCAUCUCCACCAUUGUUGUGACAGCUCCUGAAGCCACAGAGCCCCCAGCAGAGCCCUACCUGGGAGAGCUGAAGGUGACUGAUAUAAGCCAGGACUCCCUGCGCCUCACCUGGAGUGUCCUUCAGGGUCCCUUCAACUCCUUUGUGAUCCAGUACAAAGAUAGGGAUGGGCGGCCUCAGGUCAUACCAGUAGCAGGUGAUCAGAGCGAGGUCACUGUCUCAGGCCUGGAGCCCUCCAGGAAAUACAAGUUCCUGCUUUUUGGACUUCACAACAGGAAACGCAGUGCCCCCGUCUCUGCAGAAGCCAAGACCCUCCCUGCAGUAAAACCAUCUCCCCUCUUGGGGGAGAUGACAGUGACAGACCCAACCCCAGACUCUUUGCACCUCUCCUGGACCAUCCUUCAAGGUCCCUUUGACUCCUUUGUGGUCCAGUACAAGGACAAAGACGGGCAGACUCAGAUGGUGCCUGUAGGAAAAGACCAGAGAGAGAUCAUCAUCUCCAGCUUAGAACCCAACCAGAAGUACAAGUUCCUGCUCUAUGGACUCUUUGGCAAGAAACGACUUGGCCCUAUCUCCGCAGAUGGUACCACAGCCCAAGAAGAAGAGACUGCAACUUCUGUGGCACCAGCUACUGAAGCCCCUGAACCGUCUUUGGGACCCCGCCUAGGAGUAUUGAAAGUGACUGAUGUUGCCCCAGAUUCCUUGGGUCUGUCCUGGACAGUCCUACAGGAUCCUUUUAACUCCUUUGUGAUCCAGUAUAAAGAUAAGGAUGGGAAGUCCCAAGCAGUGCUUGUGAGGGGAGACCAGAAACAGAUCACUAUCUCUGACCUGGAGCCCAACUGGAAAUACACAUUCCUCCUCUACGGGCUCUAUGAUGGGAAGCGUCUGGGCCCCAUCUCUACAGAAGGCACUACAGGGCUGGCUCCAGCUGGGCAGUCCCCUGGCGAUACUGGCCGCCUAUCCCAGCUGUCUGUGUCAGAUGUGACCACGAGUUCCUUCCGGCUGAAUUGGGAGGCCCCAUCUGGUGCCUUUGACUCGUUUCUACUUCGCUAUGGGAUCCCCGAGAUGAAGCCUUCAGAGCCACUGUACCCGCCUCUGCUACAACGACAGCUGACCGUGCCUGGGAUCCAACGUUCAGCAGUUCUUCGCGACUUGAGGCCUGGAACCCUCUAUGCAGUAACACUUUAUGGCCUUCGCGGCCCGCACAAGGCCGAUAGCCUCCAGGGCACUGCUAGAACACUCAGUCCAGUGCUAGAAAGCCCCCGAGAUCUCAAGUUCAGUGAGAUCCGAGAGAACUCAGCCAAGGUCAGCUGGACUCCACCCCCAAACCGAGUGGAUAGUUUCAAAAUCUCCUACCAGCUAGCAGAUGGAGGGGAGCCACAAAGUGUACAAGUGGAUAGUCAUACCUGGCACCACCACCUGGUGGGUCUGACCCCUGGAACCCGAUAUGAAGUGACUGUGGUAUCUGUUCGUGGCUUUGAGGAAAGUGAACCCCUCACUGGCUUCCUCACAACCGUCCCUGAUGGCCCCACCCAGCUUCGAGCAUUGAAUGUCACUGAUGAUUCAGCCUUGCUGCACUGGAGCCCUCCUCAGGCCCCUGUGGAAAGAUAUGCCCUUCGUGUCACAGCCCCAGAGGUCCCACCUGUGAUGGCCUCAGUUCCAGGCAGUGCUGUAGACUUCCCGCUGCAUAAUCUUCAGCUCCGGAAAAACUACACUGCAACCCUUCGAGGCUUCCGGGGUCCUAACAUCACCUCCCCUGCCAGCAUCACCUUCACCACUGGACUGGAUGCCCCACGUGACUUGAAGGCCAAAGAGGUUACCCCUCGUUCUGCCUUACUCACCUGGACUGAGCCAGAGUCCCCACCUAGCGGCUACUUGCUUAGCUAUGAUACUCCUGGGGGGCAGACUCAGGAGAUUCUGCUACCAGGAGGGGUCACAUCUCACCAACUGUCUGGCCUCUUCCCUUCUACUUUGUAUAAUGCUCGGAUCCAGGCUGUGCGGGGGGAAAGUCUCACACCACCUGUGCCAACCACCUUCACCACCGGUGGACUGAGAAUCCCAUUCCCCCGAGAUUGUGGAGAAGAGAAGCAAAAUGGGCUAAGUAACUCCCGUGUGACCACCAUCUUCCUCAAUGGAAACCGUGAGCGGCCACUAGAAGUUUACUGUGACAUGGAGACAGAAGGGGGUGGCUGGUUGGUGUUCCAGCGCAGGAUGGAUGGACGCACAGACUUCUGGAGGGACUGGGCAGAAUACGCUCAUGGAUUUGGGAACAUCUCUGGGGAGUUCUGGCUGGGGAAUGAGGCCCUACACAGCCUGACUCAGGCAGGUGAUUACUCUAUGAGAGUGGAUCUCCGUACUAGCAAUGAGUCUGCCUUUGCUGAAUAUGACUUCUUUACCGUGGACUCAGCUGCAAAGUACUACCGUCUCCACCUAGAGGGCUACCAUGGUACUGCAGGAGACUCCAUGAGUUAUCACAGCGGCAGUAUCUUCUCCACAAGGGACCGAGACCCCAAUAAUUUGCAUAUUCCUUGUGCUGUCUCCUAUCGGGGAGGCUGGUGGUAUCGCAACUGCCACUAUGCCAACCUCAAUGGACUCUAUGGAAGCAUCAUUGACCAUCAGGGUGUGAGCUGGUAUGCCUGGAAGGGCUUUGAGUUCUCCAUUCCCUUCACUGAGAUGAAGCUGAGGCCACGAAGUUAUAACCCAUCUUCCCAGAGGGCUUGAUUUCCCCAUCUCCUGCUCUCUGAUCCUGAGAUACAAAAAGGAAGGCUCCCUGCCCCAGGAGCCUCCCAGACUGUCCAGCUGCUGCCCCUUCCUGGCUUAUUUCAGAGAAGAGCCAGGGCCCUUAUUUUCAUGCCCUCCUCCUUUUCCCCAAAGAGCCAGAGUUGUACUUUGGAUUUGUAGAAAAUAGUUGAAGAGGGGGAAUUGAUGUGAUCCUUCUAUUCACAUUACUUUCUACAUUUAGUAACAAUUGCCCCUGAGUGAUUUGUGAUUUAAAAAAAAAAACUGUCACACCUUAAGACAAAGAAACAGGCCACUUCCAUAAAACUUUCAAAUCUAAGUGAUUAUGGAAGGAUAUUUUUUGUAGUCAACAGAGGUCUAAGGUCUGGUGGAGAUGAUGUCUUGAGGCCUCAAGGUAAUCUCAAAUUGGCAGGUGGGUGAGGGAAGGAAGGGGAAAGAUCUCUCCAGAGAACUAGUGCAGAAGGGGUAGAGGGUAUCCCCCAGGGGUCUCAAGGAGGUGGAAAUUCAGAGAUGGCUUCCCACUGGCUAACCAGGCAGUACAAAAGGGCCUGCUGUAUCAGCUCAGCUAUUGAGGGUGGGGAGACAGCUCAAAACUCCACUUAGGAUGGCUGACAAGUAUCCCCUUUUAAUAUAAAAAAGUCCUAUCUCAGAUGAUGAAAACUAGAAAUGUUUGUUUGUUUUUUAAUUCAUAGACAAUGGUUGGCUGAAUGCAAGAGUGGAAGGUUUUGUAUGGAGAUGGGGAAGGUCAGUCUAUUCAGUUUAUGAUGUGAAAUCUGUUACAUACAAGAGCUGGGGUUAUACAAAAAUUGGGCUGAACUGAACCUUGUCUCAAUUUUGGAACCCAGGAGAGAUCUUCCUGAGAGUUUAGGGGUUUAAGAGAAAAGGGUUUUCCCCUUUUGUUAAAGUUCCUUAAGGAAUUUUCCUUGCCUCUGAGUAACUUAAGUCAAGGGUCACUUCCAGGACGGAGAAGGGAGGAGAGGAUAGAGCCAUCUUUACCUCAGUUUUUAAGAAAUUACUGUUUUCCCCUUUAUAUUCUACAUAUGAAUGCUGAUGUAGAGGGGUGGAGAUGGGGAAGUGGGGGGCUGGAUUUUCACAUUAAGUUGAAAAAGGCCUCAGUUUACUGAUAUAGCUACCUAUGUGCUCUAGCAGGCAAUACCAGCUCUUUGGUUCAGAGAUAAAGGUUGGCACUUGGAUUUAUAAAAAUCCUCAAUAGCAAACACAUUCUUAGAUACACUUCUAACAUUCCCCUUCCCUACCCUCAAAACAAAACAAAUUGCUCCUAGAUCCCAGAAAAAAAAAAUAAAAAACUAUUCCAGUCAA